UGCCGGCCUGAGGGGAGCCGGCCCCGGGCCUGCAGGCCGCACGCCGCCUUCGGGCUCCGCCGUGAGGAGGCUCCGUACCUGCGAGAAAAUGCUGAGAAGCGUGAAAGGAUUCAUUUGCCGCCCUCUGAAGUUGGACCAUGGCUUUGCUCUCCAUGCGGCAGCCAAGGAUUGCUUCAGUUCUGUUGUCAGCCAGGAUGUCCGAAUCCCAGCAGAAAAACCAAGAGCGAUUUUCUGUACCAACGAGGGCGACCCGGCCAAGCACAGUGAGCAGCACGAGGGUCAGCAUUACAGCAUUCCUCUGGAGGAGGUGAAGGCUGUUCUCCCACAUGGGCUGCCCCCUCGUUUCCAGCAGCAGAUCAAGACCUUCAGAGAAGCCCGCAUCAUGGUGCGAAAGCCUGCUCUGGAACUUUUCACAUACCUGAAGAACUCCAACUUCGCCCACCCCGUCGUCAGAUACGUGAUUUACGGUGAGAGAGGAACUGGGAAAACCAUGACGCUGUGCCACGUGGUUCACUUCUGCGCACGGCAGGGCUGGCUGGUGCUGCACAUCCCGGAUGCUCAUCUUUGGGUGAAGAACUGCAAGGAGCUCAUGCAAUCCUCCUACAACAAGAAGAGGCUCGAUCAGCCCCUGCAGGCGUCCUUCUGGCUCCGGAACUUCAGAACCACAAAUGAGAGCUUCCUAAAGGAGAUAAAAACACAACAAAAAUAUGUGUGGAGCAAACGAGACAGCACAGAGCAGGGCAGGCCGCUGGGAGAGGUGGUGGAGCAGGGCUUAACUCGAGUGAAGAAUGCCAGCGACGCGGUUGGGGUGGUGCUGAAGGAGAUCAAGCAGCAGAGCUGUCUGGGUUCCUUCAGGGUCCUGGUGGCAGUGGAUGGAGUCAAUGCGCUCUGGGGAAGGACAACGUUAAAGAAAGAAGACAAAAGCCCUGUUUCUCCAGAGGAGCUGACGUUGGUGUACAACCUGAGGAAGAUGAUGAUGAAUAAUUGGAACGGGGGUGCUGUUGUGACAACACUCAGCCAGACCGGUUCCCUCUUCAAGCCCAGCUCUGCCCAUCUGCCCCAUGAGCUGCUGGGAAAGGAGGGGUUCGAUGCUCUGGAUCCCUUUGUCCCCAUCCUGGUGCCCAACUACACCGAGCUUGAGUUCGAGAGCUGCUACCAAUACUACCUCCACUGCCGCUGGCUGCAGCACGACAAGGCGCGCACGGAGGACGGCAAAGAGGAGCUGCGCUUCCUGAGCGGCCGCAACCCGUGGCAGCUGGAGCGGCUGGCGGCGCCGCUGUAGUGAAUAAAGGCUGCGCUGC